AUAUUAUAAUUGUCAUUAUUAUAUUACAUUAUAAUAUUUAUUAUUAUUAUAUUCAAUAUUGUAAAUAUGGUAUCUAUCGGCCAUCCUUGUCUGCACACCUGAUUAAGGUUUGAUGGUAGGUUUGAUUCUGGAACUGAUUAUUUGUAUUGCUAUUAUUUUCAUUGUUCUAAAAUUGGACCAAAACUAAGGUUGACCAGGGCCAUGUGUGUGUGAGCCUAGAGCUUCCACUGUACUGUCUUUCACAUGUGUUCACGCAGGAACCCAAUUGAAAUAGUCAUAGUGACUUUAAUUAUUCUUUUUCCGCAAAGCUUGCUGCCACUUCCGUGGUUUCCAGAUGACAGUGGAAUGUGGCAGAGGGUCGUUCUAUAAACAACAAACAACAGUUAUCUUGUUUGCCACCGUCUGUGUCAAGUGGCACACAAAGCCAAGCCCAGCAUCUGAGAGGCGUCUGCUCUUCUUUCUGCAUUUAGCCUUGUCCCUUUCAAUGGCUUAUAAAAGUGUGGAUGUGUGUGCACGCCCUCGGGUGUGGGUCUGUAUUCACAGCACAGCACAGUGCUUCUCUGUAUUGUAUGCUUCGGCUGGCGAGAAGAAAAAAGGCAGAAACAAGAGUGCGGGGGCAAAUGAGGAAGAGCUGCCAGCUCACUCGAGAACUGCGGGGAGUACCCCAAACCCCAGCUGCCCAGGACUGGCUGACAGUUUCAGGCCAGUGCCAACCAUCCUCAGGCUUCAAGGAGAUGGGCCAGACAAAGUGACCAAUAUGGACCAACCAGGAGUGAAUUCCAGCAUGAUAUCGUCACAGGGAGCAAAGGGAAGGCAGGGAAGUGGUUUUAGAAGAAAAAAAGCAAAUCCUGGUAUAAAUGUCUGCAUAGGUCGGUGGUGUUCUCAAUAUUCUCUCAACAUUACUGUGUCUUGCUGCCGAGGCACAAAGAAAUCAGUUGCGGCCAAACAUGUUUACUAUAAAUACAGUUGUAUUCGCAGCGGACGGCAGAUUUGGAGCUGCACUAUACGUAUAAAUUCAGAAUUAGUCAACCCCUGCAGAAUUGCUGUUUGGAGGAAGGUUUUUCAAAUUCCAAUAUUUUUCUUUUUUUCUUUUUCUGUGAUUUGUUCUCUUCAUUAUCCCCACAAUACUAGUAGAAAAGAUAUAGUGAAUGUUAAACAGCCUUUUUGGAAGAUUUUUAUUUUUUGCAAAGCAUUUCAAUGGGCUUCAAUUACCGUAUUUUCCGCACUAUACUUAAACUACGCGAACUUAAAAGCCUUAAACUUCCUCAAAUACUAACGAUGCAUCUUUUAAUAACGUGUGCCUUUUGUGUGGACCGAGUUCCAAAAUCUCUAAAUGUUGUUGUGUGGCUGCC